UUGUCCGCUUGGGGGGAAGCCGAAGCUCAAUGUUAUCGCUUCGCUGCUCUCGCUCACAGCUAGGGCCACUAAACGCAGCCGAAUUGUCUAAUAAAAAACGGCGCUAUUCGGAAGUCUUCUGUUAAAGAGACGACCCUCUAAGAGUUUUUUUUUUUUUUUAAAGUGCUGCAACGUAUUGAGAAGCAUAUCGGAGUUUAUUGUUUAUUAUUGGUGGUAUGUUGGUCCAUGGUUGGUUGUAAACAGUUGUAAACGUGGUUUAGCACCAGCUCGCCAGGGCGGGCUACAGUAGCUGAUAGCUUUUGCUUUCCUUUGUUUUCUUUAAUGAUAGAGUGUGAGCAAGGUGGAGACCAUGUGGAUACCUUGUUUUUAGUUUUAAUGCAAGUUUUUCAAGCUGCGCGUGGGGGCGAGCGUUUGUUGUCUGACGCAGACGAUACGUAGGUUCGUUGAGCGCAUUAUGCGAACGUAUCAAAGUGACGAUAUAGGGCGUCUCACGGUGGGACACCCCGUAGCGGUUUAACCCCUUGGUAAGGAGCCUCGCGCAAUUCCGAUGGCAUAAGACAGUGCGCCAGCGUCAUAUCUGUAACGCUGUUUUGAGGUAGUGGAAAUGAAGAAGUACACGCAGCUUGCCCUCAUUGUCGUAUGUAUUCUCUCCGUCCUCGCGUUGCUCAUUUGCGAGCGGCGAUACGCCAACAUGAAAGUGAUCCUCGAGGUGAUGGACGUCUUCGAGACGAAGGAGGCAGCCGUCAAGUGUGACCGACAGAUCGAGCUCCUGCGACGCUCCCAGCUCGACUCCGGCGGCGCCCUGACACCCGUUGUGUUCCCGGUCUGGCGCGAGGUCUCCGCCUCGGAGAGCUGGUCGCUCUUCGUCUACUCGGCGUACUGGGACGUUGCCGAGGACGGAGCGAACGUGUCGCGAAUCGUCGCCCUUGUCGAGAGGGACCUACCGGCCGACCUGAAGUGCUUGCUGUGGUUUGACGCCGUGCACCACGUCCGAGCGGACACCUUCGCGGUCACAACGCUAAGCACAGCUGCCGCCGGCGAGCACGACUCGACGUCGGCCGUUGUCUUGGAGUGCGCCGUCCGUGACAUUUCCAUCGAGCCCGUCGCUGUCUCCUUCUCGUGGACCUCUGCAUCUGGCCGCACCGACGAUUCGCAGGUCGUCCCCUUGGAGUCGACGCGGCGCUUGCCGGCCUCCGCGAACGUGACGCGAAACUUCAGCGUCUGCGUUCCUCCGCUCGUCUCGACGGUGACGCCGCUGACACUGGUCGAGUUCGCCGUCUACCACCGCCACUUAGGGGUCGACGAUUUCGUCUUCUACGACGCGGACUCCCUGCCGGACGCCAAGAGGCUGCUCGCCGCAGUGCCGGGACGCACCUUGGCCAGCGUGAAACUGCUACCGUGGAACUUGCCCCGGCGGUUCUCAAACGUGUCCGAGUCGGCGCGCAUCGCAGACUGCCUCUUGCGAACCAAAAAGCGGGCCCGCAGCGCUUUGUUCCUGGAGAUGAACCAGUUCGUCUCGCUGGCUGCAGCAAAGGACUUGAACCAGCUGGCGCGCGGGCUUUACUCCUUACAUACAUCCGACAACAAAACGAGCACGCCAUUGGUGCUUUUUCACACGCACUACUUCUGCGACGAAUUCUCGGACGACAUUGUGGCGAGCUCGCUGCAAAUACGUUUUGUGACCCAGCGUAAGGUCAAGUACCAUCGACUGUCGGAAAAGCACAAGGUGUUCCUUGUCGCCACCGGCUUUACCAAAAGUGUGGUGGCCGCUCUGAGAAGCCCGAACCAUCCCGUUGAGAACAACGUCCUUGUGCCCGAGCGCUCGGCCGUUGUCAACGUGUACAGGAAGUGCAGACCACUUUUACCAGUCAGGAACACGCGGGAGCACUAUGUGCCGGACAUGCACAUGACGAACUUCCGAAGUCUGCUGUUCUCAUCGAAAUUGUAUCGCUACUUUGAAAAGCAGCCAUACGCAAGCUUAUUGCUGUAGACUGAACGGACGGAGUCGCUACAUGACGUGCAUGAUGCACUAGCAGUGCGCUGCUGACCUGCGCAGCAGAUUUCAUUCCAGCUGAAAGCCAAAGAUAAACCCGUGUCAACAUCCCUGAAGCGGUGCAGUGAAAUCUGCAGUGGCAUAGGUCCUCAGCCUGCUAGGACAGAAGAUGCUCCAGGCUGUGUGGGCGCUUUAGCUAGUGUGCGUAGUCGCUGCCAUUCCAUGCAUUGUGGCUCUCAAGGAGACACUUGUAGGACAUCCUACUACCUGAUGUGAAGAUAAGCUGUUCGGGUGUCUUGUGUAUUCUACCUCUUGUUCUUACUCGCGCUAAGCCUGGUCACUGUGGUUAACGACGAGGCUUGUGGGCCUCGGGCGCCUCCUUAAAGGGACACUAAAGGUUACUACGAAGUCAAGUUAAAGUGAUAACGCAAUGCUCUAGAACGACUAAGGCGUCAAUAUAAUCGCGAACGGAGCUUUAGCAACCGAGAAAUUGAGGUAAAUGCGUGACACGAUUUGAGACCCCCCAGCAACAUUCCGUUCUAGCCCGAUGACGAAGGCACUCCUUAUCACAAUUUAUGUCACUGGGACUCAACUACUCGUAUUAAAAAGGUCAUUUCAUUUGGUUAUAAGACGGAAGAAAAUGCUACUUGUCUACUUCUGUUUGAUUCUAAGAAAAACUAACAUCUUGACAUUACCCUUCAGUAGUAUGGGUGGUCGAAACGUUUCUUUUCGCUCGACUCCGCGCUGCGUGCGUUUUGGAGUUUCAGUUGUUUCGUUAUCGCGUCGUGCUGUGCUGGUUCUGCCGCCUCGCGAAACUUGCAUUUGGAACAAGCAGCGAGAAUUUCACGUCCAUGUGAUGUCGUGGUAUGCGCGAACGGUCCGCGGAACUUGGCCAAGGGCAGUUGCAGCGGCGAAUCCAACGUUACUUAUCACUGUGUGCCAGCGAGUGAACCUCCGUUCGAAAUGGUUAAGUGCCGUACCUCUGCCACAGCGCAUUGGCAAAGAGACGAAAAAUCGCAUAGUGUGCUCGCUGAACUUUCGUCCAUAGGAUUACGAGUUCAACGCCGACUUACUGAAGUCUUGUGGAGUGCCUUUCAAAGCAACGCUUUCCCGUAGCGCUGUUCCGUCGGUCUUGCCUGCAUUCUCCGAAGCGCAAGAACUGCAGGUCGAAGACGGGGCGGUGAGUGCGGCAUUUGGUUUUCACCAAGGAAAAGCUACAAAUGUGCGAAUAUGUACAGCCGUGACAUACAGUUGCCGUCGUAGUAGUAUGUACGUAACGACGCCGGCAGCGCGAGCCCAGCAUCGCGAACCAAUGUGUCGUCAGGGUCGUCCAUUGCAACGAGCGUCAAAGCUGGCGUCAUAAAAUAACCAGCUUAUCGUCGCGCGCUCAAUUUCUUUCUCUAGGCGCGCUACCCCUUCCGCCAGUUCCGCUACAGUGUAGUUCCGCUUUCGCUCUUCUGUCGGCUCUGUCUUGGCUCUGUUUCUGGCCGCGCGUUUGCGUUUUGCGCAUAAAAGCCGUAGCGCCGUCUACGGGCGCCGUUUUACUCACCGACGGCGCAACGUCACUAUGAAACCAUGACGUCACCACUCCUCGCGGAGGGCGGGCGAUUUGAACUGCGCUAGAGGUACGCGGACGCUUCAUUACGCAUUUUCUCUUAAAAUAAGUCUCUUCUUCGCAUGAAACAAGCGUUUCAAGGAUUCUGGGAUGGUCACAAGGGUCAUUGUGCACUGCUCAAAUGCAUUAACAUCUUGUUGCCCUGGCACUGGUCUCGAUUGCAACGUGUUCCGUGGUGGUUCUCUACAUUCCCACAACAUCGCCAGAAAAAUUGUUUCUGUGGGAUUCGUUGUCACAGGCACAGAUCUACAUCUUGCAUUUCUUAUAAGUAUUACGUAAUGGCUCUGUGUACACUUUUGCACCUAUACAAGGUUAAAUGCGCCCUCAUUACUCUCUUAACUAUAAGGCAGCACACACUUGGGACAUUUCAUUCUGGGGUACAAAUGGCCUGACGUAGUGCAUCACAUCAUUUUGCAUUAAGAAAGAACAUUGUGAAAUGUGCGAUAUGUGCAGGCAGCUUUGUGUCGUAUUUAUUAUUUCAUGUACUUGAUUUUAGCAUAGUAGGUGGAGGUUGCUGAGGUAGCAGCUCUCAAAAAAAAACAGCAACAUUCAUCUGUAUGCUAGUCUUUAUCGUUUUAAAGAAAGCCGCCAUGGUGCAAAGAAUGUGAGGUCGACGGUAUUACGACUUGAACUUGUUGGUAAUACAUUAUGGGCAUACUAAUAGAGCAAAAACAGACAAACGGAACAUGAACACAGUGCUGACUUCACACAGUGAAAUCACUUUAUUCUAAUUCUGGAAUAAAUCGUUCUUGCACUUUGUUUAUUUGUUUCGCCUGUCCUUGUUCGUAUUUGUGCCAUUUGCAUAUCUAGAAUUGAGGUCAUUAAAUGUUUUAGUUGGUCGCUAAACCCUUGUGUUCGCUUUAGUUUUGUGCCACUCCUGCAUUGUACUGUGUAUGCACACACGCACAGCUAUUUAUACGGCAUUUCGUGCUCUAAAUGAUUGCUUUCAAAAGGCUUUGGCACAUUUUUAUGCUUUCUUCUAAUGUGUGUUUUGGCGUGCGCUAUGUCCACUAUGUUUUACAGUGUGCAAUUUCCGUCAAAUGUUCAAAGGCCAACUGCAAUGAAAUUUCACUUUGGGGUGAUAAAAAAUAUUAAGCAAACAUAUAUUAUUAAUUUUAAAAAAUAAUAAGAAAACAUGGCUUGAGGUGCAAUUAUAAGAUCUGCAGUAAUCAGUUGUCAGAGGUCUGAUGACCCAACACUUGUACGUCUUAAAAUCAUAUCUUGCACUGCGUUUAAAGUCCAAGGGCAAUAAAAUAAUUGCCUCACGCCGUGCGCUGUAUGUGAAAGUGUGCGAGGGUGAGCCAGCGAUCGCGGCUCAAUCUCGCACACCAAUCGGAGGAAAAUGGGAGGAAGCACGCUAUCUUCCAUCGCAUGAUAAGCUCGGGGGGGGGGGGGGGGGGUUGAGUGCGUUGUUCUACUUUUGGGGGGCCCAGCUGCACACACCCGCCCGUGCUGCUGUAUCUUCAAAGCCAUCUGUGGCGGGUAUAGAGUCCACCGCGCUCUGCAUUUUCAUGGCUUAGUUCGUGUUGGUGUUAGCAGCAACAUGAAGGUCCAUUCACUCGCUUUUUCUGCGGCACUUACUCGCUCCAGCGUUCUGACAGCGAGUUUCCGCAGUCAUUGAGUGCGAUGUCUUCAUGUUUGCUUAUGCGCACGUGACACUACGCUUGUUAAUUUAGUAAGUAUGCCUACAUUUGCAAUUUUAUAUGGCUGAUAAAGCUACUAUCCUUACUUCGAAUAGCUGUCCACUAAUUUGCUAUCACAAUCGAUGCUUCGCCUUUCGGGCAAAACUGUGACAUUGUUUUGUUUGUGGAACAGCUUGGCUAAUGUUAGCUGGAACACCUUAUGCAUGACUGAAGCAGUCUUUGCAAAGCAGCAAGGCUGUUGACCGUCUGGUUUUCUUUUCAUUAACAGCCUUUACAUAGCACCUAAGCAGAUGACGCAUGCACCUAGUGCAAACAGUCCAUCAGUGCAUACGACGCAAGCCCCAGCACAUUAGUUCUGAGAUUUUAAGCGUGCCAUGGGUGCUCUUGGUCUCGGAGUUCUAGCCGAGAAGUCAUGUUGGUUCUCAAUGUUCUGGGGUCUGUGUCAUUUCUGUCAAGUGGUAAUGAGGGCAUUUUGUUUAUUUAUUUUAUUUAUUUAUUUAUUUAUUUAUUUAUUCGCAUUUCAAAUGAAAUUUUGCGCAGGAGCUUCUGUACAAUUUUGUACAUUAUUUAAAACUAAGCCUUUUACACUGUUUGAAAUUUCAGUGCAGCUGGCCUUUAAAGGCCACCGUCAAGUGAUGGAAAUGUGUGUGCAUCAUGCAGGCAGACUUCUUUAAUACUGAUGACACUCCCUAGAGUAAGAACUCUCUCUAUAUUUUUAUGCUUUAUCAAUGCUAGCAGUGAUAGCAGCACCGAGUACAGAUCGCUGAAGCAGCAGUGGUAGUACUCAAAGUGGCCUUUGAACUUUUAUACCAAGCUAUACAUUGUUUUGGGGCUAUUGUCCGGACUAUCAUAAUAUGUGUGAACCUGAUACUUCUUGCUGAAUGCCUAUUUACUUCCUCAGUGUUCGGAUACAGGUAAAUAACUUCCAUUCCUAGGAGUUCUUUUGCAGAAAAACUUAAGGAUUAACAAUCUGCUAAGCUCUGUGGUAUCUGACACUUGCCAAAUCUGCCCCAUUCCAGGAGCUUGUAAGUAGACCACCUUGCACAUUACUGAAUAAAUGUGUUGUUUAUAUUGAA